AGUGACUUCCACUGGUGGCUGCUUCGCUGUUUGGGCUGGAGAGGACUGGAUAAGCCAGUUCCUCGUUGGAGAGAGUCGGGAAACGACCUCCUCAGUAAAUAUGCGGACGGUUGUAGAUCUGAACUGCGCUAUUCGUCCGUUUUGCGCUUCGUUUUAGCGCCUCUCAGCGCAGGUAAGCUGCUGCUAAACUGCCAAAGGGUUUAGCCACCCCCUGACAGCACUGCUCUGUGUUCUGAGUCCCUGUGAGAUCAGCGAGCACCAUGUCCAUGUUCAGCACGGGCAUCCUUGUGCUGACGUCUCCUCUCCACACCCUUCCCCUGCGCAUCGCUCCGGUGCUCAGCUCAGCCGCUCAGCUGGUGGAGCGUACGCUGUAUGUCCACCUCCACCCGGGGCUGAACCUGGGAGGUGGGAGCCAGCCUCGACCAGUUUUCAUUCCCCCGGUAGUGGACCUGUCUACGCUCAUUACCCGCCUUUACAGCAACGCAGCGGAUGUAUGCGGCCACCUGGACGUUCGUGUUCUUCUGACUAAUGUACGCGCUCAGUCAGCUGCCUGCAGCGGGACCACGACUCCGAACAGCCCCUUCCCCACUCCACAGUCUCUGUCUCACUCCCCGGAGGUGGUGCUAACAGACUUUGCUGUGCAGGACCCAGGUCAGUCCCUUCAGGUCACGCAGUGUCUCCAGAGAUACGCCGGCCACUGCUACGUCUGCAGCCCCAGCCUGCCUUCAGUGCUGCUUCAGCCACAGCUAACCAGGCUGCAGGAGAAGGAGGACGAGCUGAAAGAGCCUGAGGAAAAGACAGAACCUUUGGAGACCUACAGCGAUGUGGUAGUAGGAGGGACAUUUGACCGGCUCCAUGGGGCCCACAAGACGCUGCUCAAUAUCUCGUGCCUGCUGGCCAGUAGAAGGUUCCUCAUUGGUGUGUGUGACCAAGCGAUGCUUAAAAAGAAAGUGCUGAAGGAGCUGAUCGAGCCCUACGCUCUGCGCGUCCAGAGACUACAGGAGUUCCUACAAGACACCAAACCGUCUCUACAGGUGGAGAUCGUGCCUCUGGACGACCCCUACGGAGUGUCCAUAGUUGACCCGCAGCUGGAGUGCAUUGUGGUUAGCGAGGAGACUCGAAAGGGAGGCGAGGCCGUCAAUAAGAAACGGCAGGAGAACGGCCUUCCAGUUCUGGUCCUCCACGAGAUCCAGCUGCUGAAAGAUGCUCACCACACCGAGACAGAGGAGGAGAAGAUCAGCUCCUCCAGCCUACGCUCUCGUCUGCUGGGCACCCUGCUUGCUCCGCCUAAAGACGCGGCCCACCUCCCUCCUCUGCCGUAUGUGAUUGGCCUGACGGGAGGCAGCGGCAGUGGAAAGAGCUCCAUCGCCAGACGGCUGGAGGCUCUCGGCGCGGUUCGGAUCGACUGUGACAAACUGGGCCAUGAGGUGUACCAGCCCGGUGCAGCGGGGUAUCACAGAGUGCUUGAAGAGUUUGGGGCAGAUGUUCUGAAUGAAGAUAAAACCAUCAACAGACGCGCAUUAGGAAGGAAGGUUUUUGGAAACCAGGAGCGACUGAAAGCCCUGACAGACAUCGUGUGGCCUGAGAUCGCACUUCUGGUGAAGAGCAGAGUCAGUCAAGCCAGAGACGAAGGUAAACAGGUCUGUGUGGUGGAUGCAGCAGUUCUUCUGGAGGCCGGCUGGACAGAUCUGGUCCACGAGGUCUGGGUCACCAUCAUCCCCGAGGAGGAGGCUGUGUUGAGGAUAACGGAGCGGGAUGGUGUGACCACAGAAGACGCCCUGCGCCGACUGGAGAGUCAGUGGUCCAGCAGCAAGCAAGUGGAGCAGGCUAACAUAGUGCUGAGCACGCUGUGGGAGCCCGAAGUCACUCGCAAACAGGUACUGAAAGCUUGGAAUCUUCUUCAGAAGAGAAUCCAUCAGAGGCAAGAGGGACAGUAGGAACACGUCUGACUCUGUGUCACGUCAGCGGCGAACACGCACACGUCAGGCCCAGGAACACGCGUGCACAAACGAGUGAUCCACGCAUGGAAACACUGCCUUCAACAGAAGUGAGACGGCUCACUGUACUGCAGCAAAUCCAACCAGCUGCCACUUCUCUGACCAAGACUCAGUGCCUGAUUGUCUUUCCACACGUUUUAAACUUUAAAGCUGAAAGACGGAUGAGGAAGGAUUUCAAAAAUGGUCCCGAACAACAUAACUUUGGAAUUUUCCCUCUGGAAUUCCUGUUUGGGAUCAAUAAAGUGUCAUAUUAACCUAAGUGUAGGUCUGUCCUCAUCCAAAGAUCUUGUUUAAUGAGCAGCAUGCCUUCAGAUGAAUACUGUUUAAAUGACUCGGUCAUCCUGAGGCGUCCCCAGUCAGUGUAUUCAGAAGCAUCGGCACCAUGUCAGCUGAUCACACUUCCAACAAGGUCCAUCUCGGUUCUGCGUCUUUUGACACAAUAUGAUUGUCCCUAGAAAGCAACUCAUGGUAGGGAGGAGGUAGUGUCAAACAAAUGCUGCGAUUAAACCAUAGAAAUAAAUUAUCUUUGUUCGUUCAGAGUUUUGAGAGUAUUUUAACAAAUUUCUAUUAUUGUCUAACGAGGAAUAAUAAAUUACCAAACGAUGUAGUGUGUAGAGAGUUUGUCAUAAAAUCUGUGUAGCUGUUGCAUUGAAUGAAAUUUAAUUGAAUAAAUACUUUGGGCUGGGAGUGAGAAGUGUAAUAUAUGGAAGAUGAAUUACUGAUAUGUGAAUAAUGCACAUUAAAAAAAACACUCAGUAAAAGAUGAAUUUGACCAAAAGCCUGUUUUUGUCCAAACGUCUGUAGAUACUGGUAGAACAUCUGUAGAACAUGACGGGCCUGAAUUAAACCCUGUAGAAGACCGAUACCAUGAAAGGAUCAAUGCACUGACCAAUGAUGGAGAACACCUGAUGUCAUGUUUACCAGCAGCGUAGCAGAUCAGUGGACAAACUACACGAUUCCUUCAAAAGGUGUUUAACAAAAAUCCAUCUGAACAUUUUUAAAGUCCGAUCCACAAACAUGCCCUCUGCAGUAGACGGUGUUGUCAGUUCAGCAGAAUAUCUGAAUAUGUUGGAAAGCACCUGAAAGAGCUCCAGGGAGCAGCCGAGUGUCAAUCAGCCUUUACAGAAGGAGAACUGUGUCGUUCUUCAGCCGUACUUUUGUUAAAAAGACUUGUAACGUGUUAUUUCAUGUCUGUCGCUGACCUGCAUGUCGUCUGCUAACUCCAUGAGCUGCUUGUAGAACUUUGCACAGAACAUUAAAUGAAACGUUUCCAUCAGUAA